AUGGAUUCCGUACACGUCUUGGCCAUAUUACGAAAGAAAGGAAGCGAUUCUAACUGUAAACGAGAUGUUUUGGACCACGAUGCAGAGGGACGAAAACGAUUAAAAAACUACCCUUUUAUAAGGUGUGAAAAGGCUCAAUAUGUGAUACUAAAGCUUGUGAUAGAGGUGGAGCAAGUAGCUAUGUCGGUAAAUGAUUUGACGGAUGCGGAUCCUUCACCGAAGUUGCGGAUGAAGCCGGCUGUGAGGCGGAUAUUCUGCUGCAGUGUGACUGCUGCAUCCGGAUUUAUUGCUGCUUAUGCAUUGCGCGUUGUGAUGAUAGAACUUACGGUUCCUUGGGAAACCAACAUCCCCAAAGACCGUACCAUCAAGGUCGCGUACGCCAUAGCACUGAUAUAUGAGAUAGUAUGGGUGGUUGAAGCUCAGGCAGGCCUGCCAAUAGCCUCCGCGCUGCUCAUGAUAUGCUACUGUGUAGUCAUUGCUGCUACAGUCACUUUAGUACAUGGACUUAUAUCGAAAAACAACACAUUUCUUCUGGCGUGGUUGAUCUCAGUAAUUCUUGUUUUAAUACCAGAAUGUGCGCUAGUCUUUUACAUGUCCAUAAAUCAUUGGGGUCUCCAAGGCGUAUAUGGUGGCGCUGAACUCGCGUGUUACGUGGCCCGACUGCCGGCUCUCGUGUGUGGUGUUGUGCUCGUACAGUCAGCUUAUGCGCUCAGGGAGGCGAGAAAAUCUGAUUACGCGGCCGGCGUUCCCGUCAGUGGUAGUGAAUUUGACGCCAGCCACUUUGUACCGGACUCAAACAUCGCGUUCACUAACGACGGUUUCUUACCUGACAAUGGUAAAUCAGGUUCAAUGCCAGAUCUCCGUCGUCAUUUAGCGUCACGUCAAUCCAUGAUGGGUUACCCCAUGAUGUUACCACAACCACCACCCGCAUACUGGCAACACCUGGCUGAUAGGCAGUACGCGGCUUCAUUACGAGGAUAUCCAAAAUACGCUCCACAACAUUUCGGAACAUGGGUCGGACCUAGAACAGGUCCAGAAAAUCCAUACAAAAGACGCCAUUCAGUUGUAGGAGCGUUUAAUAUAGACGAAUAUCCCAAAGAAUAUUACGAAGAUAGAAUGGAUUGUAAAAGCGAGAUGGGCUAUCCGUACAGACCUUAUAUAUACGAUCCGAGGAUGUAUCCAACGGAUUACGAUCCGAGAUUCCCGAACGAUUACGGUCACUUAAGACACGAUCCAUAUCACUUCAGUGGAUCAAGAGAAAGAGUAUUUUAUGGUAUAAGAAACAGUCAUAAUUCAGUCGGCAACGAAUCAGAUGAUUUGACUAAAUAUAAAGACGUCGCUUUAUAA